AUAAUCAUCCUGCAGGGCACUAAAUGGAAUUAAGCCGAUAUGGCGGGCACUCCGUCGGCGUCUGGUCAGAAAAAGCCUCAGUACUAUAGCAAGUCGGAGUUCUGUGUUGUAAGAGAGGAGUCGGGGGGAAGAGAGGCGGCAAAAUGUCAGUUGGAGAGAGCCCUAGAGAAGCAAUACAAGGUGGUUAUCAUAGAGGCUCCAUGGCAAGGAGACCACGCCAUCAGGUGGAUCAGGUUUGGAAACUCCCUUCACAAGACUGCAGUAAUUUCGUGUCUUGGUGGACUGGUUCUAGUACCUCUACUACCCAACAGACUCUUUGGCUAUGUCUGCCUGCCACUAGGGUUGGCAGGAGUGGGCUGUGCUGCUCUUUAUGCUGUCUCCUGGCAGUUUGACCCCUGCUGCAAGUACCAGGUGGACAGAGAAGGCAGGGAGCUAACUCACAUUGCCAGUCACGAGCUACACUCUGCAUCCCCCGUUGUGCUUAUCUUCAGGAAUGACAAAUACCGCAAGAGACUGCACAACGUUCUGGCUCUAGCCAUGUGUGCUGUGUUGGGCUGGAGACUCUACAGCCUGCUCCAUUCCCAGUCUCAAUAG